GCGCAUGCGCAUCAGUUGCUCUCCGCCUUCUACCUGAGAACAGCGCACCUGGAGCCAACGAGACGGAAGUUUGCUAAAGUACAAAUCUUUUUCGGAUAUUUUUCUCUCCCCGACCAACAACAGCUUUUCCUUGGCGUCGGUGUAGGUAGCGACGCGUUGCCCCGUUGGAAGGCGACAUGAAUUCGGCCCUUGUAUUUUUGUUGGAGUCGAUUUGGGAGCCUUUUUUUAUUGCACGUCUAGUUCACUGACUCAUGUUGCUGGGCCUACACUUUAAAAACCAGUCUGGGUCUCCAUCCAAGAAGAAUGACAGUACUGCGCAGAGUGCUCCGACGACGACUGCACCCCCUUAAAUUGGUCGUAGCUGCUCUGGUCUUUGUCACCUUUGUGUUCUUCAUACAAUGGGAAGUGGAAAGCCGAAGUCCGCAGGAGGACCCGUGGCUGAAAGAGAUUAAAGAGAAGCGGGACACCAUGCUGGGCAUGGUGAUGGGAGCCGUUCAUAACUUCAGGGACGCCAUUCCAAAAAUGCAGAUUAAAGCCCCCGUUCGUCAGAAGCACAGCUCAAACGGUGACGGCUGUUUGCCGGGUCGCUACACGGCCCCCGAGCUCAAACCGACCCUGGAGAGACCUCCCCAAAACCCGGUCGCUCCCGGCGCCGCCGGCAAGCCCUUCCGCACGGACUCCUUGAGCCCGGCCGAGCAGAAGGAAAAAGAGGAGGGCGAGCAGAAGCACUGCUUCAAUCUGUACGCCAGCGAUCGCAUCUCCCUGAGCCGGGACCUGGGAGCAGACACAAGACCACCAGAAUGUAUUGAGCAGACCUUCAAGCGAUGCCCUCCCUUGCCAACCACCAGCGUAAUAAUCGUCUUUCACAAUGAGGCUUGGAGCACCCUGCUAAGGACCGUGUACAGCGUCCUGCAUACAUCGCCUGCCAUUCUCCUCAAGGAGAUUAUCUUGGUGGAUGACGCGAGUGUUGAUGACAUCCUGAAGGGCCAGCUGGACGAGUACCUGAAACCGCUGAGUAUCGUGCGAGUCGUCCGGCAAGUUGAGAGGAAAGGCCUGAUUACUGCUCGGUUGCUCGGUGCGUCUGUGGCCACCGGUGACACACUCACUUUUCUGGAUGCCCAUUGCGAAUGCUUUAACGGCUGGCUGGAGCCGCUGCUUUCCAGGAUAGCCGAAAACUCCACCGCAGUGGUUAGUCCGGACAUAUCAACCAUUGAUCUCAACACCUUUGAGUUCAUGAAGCCGUCCCCGUACGGCCAGAACCAUAACCGGGGCAACUUUGACUGGGGCUUGUCCUUUGGAUGGGAGAGUCUUCCGGAUCAUGAGAAAAAUAGGAGGAAGGAUGAAACCUACCCGAUUAAGACCCCAACGUUUGCCGGCGGGCUGUUCUCCAUCUCGAAGGAAUAUUUCUACCACGUCGGAAGCUAUGAUGAGCAAAUGGAAAUCUGGGGUGGUGAGAAUAUUGAGAUGUCCUUCAGGGUCUGGCAAUGUGGCGGACAGCUGGAGAUCAUCCCGUGCUCUGUCGUCGGCCAUGUUUUCCGCACCAAGAGUCCCCAUACUUUUCCCAAAGGCACGCAAGUGAUCGCCCGCAACCAGGUCCGACUAGCCGAGGUUUGGAUGGAUGAGUAUAAGGAGAUCUUCUACCGUCGUAACCAGCAGGCGGGACAGAUGGCCAAAGAUAAAACCUUUGGGGACGUCUCCAAGCGCGUGGACCUCCGUGAGCGGCUGCAGUGCAAAAGCUUCUCCUGGUACUUGAAGAAUGUCUAUCCAGAAGUCUUCAUGCCUGAUCUGAACCCUCUGCGCUUUGGCGCGGUGAAAAAUGUGGGCAAGGACUCAUGUCUGGACGCGGGCGAGAACAAUGACGGGGGCAAACAGCUGAUCAUGUACCCAUGUCACGGACUUGGAGGGAACCAGUAUUUUGAGUUCUCCACGCAUCACGAGAUUCGACACAACAUUCAGAAGGAGCUGUGUUUGCAUGGGGCCGAGGGGCUUGUCAAGCUGGAGGUCUGCCAGUACAAAGGGGGUAACACGGCGGUCGGACCAGAGCAAAAUUGGGAGCUGCAGGACAACCACUUAUUCUCCAUGCCGAUUUCAAACAUGUGCCUGACUGCCCGUUUUGAGCAUCCUGCCCUGACGCCCUGCGACCCCACGGACAGAUACCAGCUUUGGUCCUUCAUCUGAAUGUAGGCGUCUCGAGUAGCCCUUUUUUUUUUUUAUAGAGUCCUGACUGCAACGAGUUUUAAUUUAUUUUUAAGACAUAAAAACAGAACCGUCGCUGCUUCAAAGUCUGAAUGUCGGGAGAAAGCACUGUGGGGAGGAAACGUUUGACACGUUGACCUCCAUCACAAUGGGAACCCAAUGAUGCUUAGAGCAAUGAAGAUGCCUCUUUUUUGUAUUUGAGAUCCAAUGUAUGGACAAAAGUAUUGGGACACAGACACAAUUUGGGCCAUUAGCUUAAACUCUCCUGAGAUUUUUUACAAGGUUGUACAUUUCUUUGACAUAAAAGCAUCUUCCCAAAAUCGUUAACACUAAACGGAAGUGUCUAAUUGUCCAUAAUUAUGAAGAAUUAAGGUUUUGGGAUACAUUUGCGUUCCAAGACUUUUGUCCAAAUGUACAUUUUCAUUCCUCGUUUGUGCAAUGAAGCCAACAUUGAAUUGAAUAUUUCUCCAAGUAUCCCUCUAAUAGAAAAAAAAAUUAAAAAGACAAUGGUUUACGAUUAGUGCACCAAAGAGAGCAUAGUUCUUUAAGAAUAUAUUUUUAUGACUACUUUCAUCCAGUGCCUUAGAUGUAAUUUUCUAUAUGAGGUAGAGAGAGGAUGAUCUACUUACUGUGUGAAUGGGUGUGGGGGAAGACUUUUGUUGUGGGCCAUUUUCUUAAUGUGAAGUUGGCUGGCACUGAAACGAGCUGAUGCAAUGGUCCACAUUGAGCUGAAAAUAAUUUGACUGACGAUUUCUGAUUACCAACACACUGUGCUGCAAGAGGACAAAUCUCGCAACUUAUUUUUGAUAAUUGUCCUAAAAAACUGCAAACUUUACCAGCCUUACUGUAUGAUUUCAUGGGAAAUGAGGAACUUGGAAAAUAAAUUUUGAAUAAAAGUGUA